UGUCCGGCUGAUUCUUUCAGUUUUGGAUCCGAGCGAAGGUUCGGUAGGUAGGUGGGAAAGCAAAUACAGAGAUGAGGAAGGUGAACAAGUCUCUGGAGCUGACCCAGGACGAGUCAGAGGCCGUCUCGCAACUCAUAAUUCCAGCUACCCGAUACGGCGAGUCGAGCUUCUACGAUGCUUUCGCUCUUCGAGGCAUCCGACUGGAUCGAGUCGAACCCGGAGUACUCGUCGUCUGUUCCUUCAAGGUCCCUCCCCGCCUCACCGAUAGAAGUGGAAAUUUGGCUAAUGGUGCAAUUGCAAACCUUGUUGAUAUAGUUGGUGCUGCCGUAGCUUAUGUUCCAGGCCUCUCUAUGAAUGUUUCUGUGGACAUUUCCAUCUCCUACAUGUCAACAGCCAAACUUCAUGAUGAGCUAGAGAUAACUUCAAGAAUGUUAGGACGAGUAGGAGGUUGUUCUGGAACAAUAGUAAUUUUGAGAAAUAAAACAACUGGGGAAAUUAUAGCUGAAGGUCGACAUUCAUUGUUUCGUUCACAUGUUGGUCUCAUUCCCAAACUUCCAGGCCUCAACGGUAGGCCCAUCAUUCCUCAGACGUAAACGAUCACGUGCCGUCAUUUUCGAGCCUGCAGCAUGCUCUUUACAUUGCGACGUUGAUUUUCCAGUGGCCGGAGCGAGU